GAUUGAGGUAGGUCAGGAUAAUGCUCCCACUGGUCGGAAUUUCUUGUCAAACUGUUGUAAAUGUGCACAGAAUUUCCUCGUUCUUGUAUCAGAGUUCAUGUAAAACUGUUGAUGCGUUAGAUUAUUAUAUUUAAGGUUUUGGAUGGCCGUUGUGUAAUUAAUUGUAUGAAGUGUUUCAGGAUAGACCUAACAUGAAAACGGAAAGGAGGCAUAGCUGGCGCGUUGAGGCCCAUUUGUUCUUAGACAUAGGCCAUGUUCAGUACCAGCGCCAAAAUCGUGAAGCCCAAUGGCGAAAAGCCAGAUGAGUUCGAGUCUGGAAUAUCCCAGGCUCUCCUGGAGCUGGAGAUGAACUCAGACAUGAAGGCUCAGCUGAGGGAGCUGAACAUCACUGCUGCAAAGGAAAUUGAAGUUGGUGGUAGCAGGAAAGCCAUCAUCAUCUUUGUCCCCGUGCCCCAGCUGAAAUCUUUCCAGAAGAUUCAGGUGCGACUCGUGAGGGAGCUGGAAAAGAAGUUCAGCGGAAAACACGUCGUCUUCGUUGCACAGAGGAGAAUCCUGCCCAAACCAACCAGGAAAAGCCGUAUCAAGAAUAAGCAGAAGCGUCCCAGGAGCCGUACUCUGACUGCCGUGCACGAUGCCAUCCUUGAAGACCUGGUCUUCCCCAGUGAGAUUGUUGGCAAGAGGAUCCGUGUGAAACUGGACAGCAGUCGGCUCAUCAAGGUCCACCUUGACAAGGCUCAGCAGAACAAUGUGGAACACAAAGUUGAGACCUUCUCCGGUGUCUACAAGAAGCUCACAGGCAAAGACGUUGUUUUUGAAUUCCCCGAAUUCCAACUGUAGAGUGCAGAUGACAAAAUAAAUGAGUUUACUCUCAAUGUCA